AUGGUAAACUUGUUCGACAGAGCCAACUUCUCUCCCGAUAGAGACGACUUUUCGUGCGAUUGUCACAACCGCCGUCUUUGCGUCUUCUCCGGCCGACAUUGGCUUCACGCAUCUCCAGCGUCGACACCAAUGCCUAUUUUUAUUGUAUAUUCAAUCUGGGUUGGGUUUAAGUUUCUAUCCAAUUUGAAUCUCAUCACUUAUGGAAUGUCAUCUACAACAUCUAAACUGUUAGAUGAUUGUGUUAAUCUUGAAUCCGAUGAUGGUUUUACGACAGGCACACGGCGGUUUCUUCAUGCCACACCUAUGGUGGUGUAUCACAGUGAUCGCUGA